AUGCGCUGGGCACUCAACAUCAUCGGCUACGUUGGCUUCGGCUUGCGUUUGAUCUGGCCUGGCCAGGAGCUGCCGUCUGAUCUAGAUCCAAACGCUGGCCAAAUACGGCAGAUCGUGAGCAUCAUGGUUCUGCCGACGCUUGCUCUUAAAAUACUCCCAUUCAAGUGGGCGCGAGAGGCCUAUGAGGGAAAGAUCAACUUCCUCCAGUAUAUGAAUGAGUUCCUCCAUGACAAGAUCGAAGAGGCUAAACGUGGCGGACCUCAAAAAGAAGGCAUGGACAUCAUGGGCCAGUUAGUCCAAAGCAAAUAUGGUCGGAACGCCUCGCCAGCCUCUGAGAGCAAAGAUGGCGUUCCGAAUAUACUUAAUGACAGCGAGAUCAUCGGCAAUGCCUUCAUUAUGAUCGUUGCCGGUCACGAAACAACCGCGAACACACUGCACUUCGCCCUCCUCGAGCUCGCCAACAACCCAGGCACGCAGCGACGCAUGCAGCGGGAUAUCGACAAUCUCUUCAACGGCGCUGACCCAAGCACCUGGGACUACGAGCGCUCCAUUAACGCACUGAUGGCCAGCUAUACGGGAGCUGUGGUCAACGAGACGUUGCGCAUGAUGCCCCCCGUCACAGGCAUCCCAAAGGUGGUGAACCCAGAGUGCGAUCAACGCAUCACCAUCAACGGCCGCGAGCAUGUGCUCCCUGCCGGCGUGAGCUGUGCUUUGCAGAUCGUAUGUGCACAGCGCAAUCCGCGAUGGUGGCCCACGCGACCGAGCGAGCGCACCGGUAAACCGAAUGACAUGGAUGACUUUCUGCCGGAGAGAUGGUAUCGUUCGCGAGACGAGUUGAGGGGCGCCAAACGAGAAGGGACAGUUGUGGACGAUGUCGCCGUUCCUGAAGACAAGACCGACUACGGCGGAUUCCAGGGCAGCGACACGUCCGCAGCGCUGUAUAGACCUGUGCGCGGCAGCUAUGCGCCGUUCAGCGACGGCCCUCGGUCAUGCCUGGGCAGGCGGAUUGCUAUGGUCGAGAUGAACGCUGUGUUGGCUGUGAUUUUUCAGAAGUACAGCAUUGAGUUGGCUGUGGAUGACUGGGCUAGCGAUGAGGAGGUUGCGAAGAUGAGUCCUGCUGAGAGGAGGGCAGUGUAUGCCCGCGCUCAGGAGCGCAGCAGACAGCUUCUCCGGGAGGCCGACUCGGUGCUGACGCUGAAGUUACAUGGGGGAAGGCAUGUUCCGGUAAGGUUUGUGAAGAGAGGUUGUGAGCGGUUUGUUGCAGAUCCUGAGCUGGUCUAA